AAAUUAGCUUUCAGAGGCACCAGCCGUUAUUUGAAUAGUACAGAAUCCAGUGGAAGACUGACGGAUGUGUUCAAUAACGUUAUCAUGACAGGUUGCAGCUCCUUCUAUGAUUGCUACAAAUUGCAGAAUGAAGAGAAUGUAGACUUACGACAGACUUACAGUACUUCACUUUCUACAACCUCUGAAUAUUCAAACCACAGUGACUCUUCUCUUUUCUACGUCCCAUGGUCCACUUAUGCAGAUGAUAAUAAACAACCUUCAAAUUCUCAAAUUAGUGUAAAGAGCAGGAUUCAAACAGAAAGAAAUGACUAUGGCAGUGAAACAGACCUAUAUGGACUUGUGUCUAACAUCUUGGAAGAACAAGAUAAAUCACAGCCAUAUUUUACUGAAGGAGCAUGUGCCUCCAGUUUAAAAUCUGUAUGGCCUGUGAGCACUACUCGAUUUACAGACCACCCUGAUUUGUUGUCUGAAACAAAAAGAGCAAUAGAUGGAGUCAUUCCUCAACAGGCUUUUUAUGGUGGAGAAUCUUUACCAGUUUCUGAAAAACAGUAUCUGCACACUGGUAAUGUAAUUUUGCAGCAGAAGGUGGAUGACCUUUACCAUGAACUUACUAAUAUAGAUCUUGAUGAGCAAUGGCUGUUUCCUUCCAGGAAUGAUAAUCUCAGCUGUUACAAUGUUCAGUCCAAUGAAAAUGCAAAGCCAUCACAAUUUCAAGACUAUCCAUAUGUGAAAACAUGUUUUACCCCACAAACUAAUCUUUUAGAAGCAAUAAAAGAAUCAGGAGCUGAUACCUACACUUAUGGAAGAGAUAAAAUGGGUCCUAAGGGACAUGAUUCACAACAUCAAAAGAAAGCUGAAAUGUUUCUUUCACAAUUUAAUAGGUAUGGUGAAAAUGCUGAUUAUUAUAGAUACCUGGAUUAUUCUCAUCUUAAUAAAGUAAAACAAAAUAAAAACAUGAAUUAUGGUGUUCAAGAAAGUAAAAAAUUACCAAGUGGAACACCUGAGCUACCAAUGUUAGAUACAGAUAAUUAUAGUAAAAUUUUUCAAAACAAACAAGUUGUUCAAAAGAAAAUGGAAGAUGUAUCUUCAGAACAGCAAAGUUUUACAUUUCAAAAGACUACAGGACUCAUAUCAGAAAAACAGUUUGUGAAUGAAAAUUCAUUUACCCCUGAUUUUGGUUUAAAGUCGGAUUUUACCCUGAAAUCUCAUAUAGCUGUUCCAGGUAGUGGUGAUUUUGCAAACGUUACAGAAAAUUCAGAUUAUUUCAAAUCACUGAAUAUUUUAGCAACAAACCCAGUAACUACUUCACCAAGCACAAAUUUGAGGCCAACAUGGAUAAAUAUACAAGCUAAAAACAGUUCAUCUCUCCCUAUUCGGAAUCAAAGCACCUUGGUAAAAUUGAGUAAUUUAUCUACAGGUUCAAAAGGUUCCAAUCAUUCUUAUGAUUUUUCUCAGCUAUCAUCAACCAAUGUAACUUUAAAUAAUAAUUUGUUGCUUCAGAAAUACCGCCAAGAAGCACCUACGGUAUUUUCCAAUUUUGAUUUCAAAGAUGGUGGCGCUGCAGACAGAGUUUCUUCUUCCAGUCAUACAGAAGGAUUAAGUAAAGUAGAAGAAAGCCUUUUUGAAUGCAUUAUUGACAAAAAAAUUAAGCCACCAAAUGGUUUUUGUGAUAACUAUUCACAGCAAUAUGGGAUCAUUGAAAAUGUGAACAAGCACAAUUUUCAAGUUAAACCACAGACUGGACAUUAUGAGGUUGAGGAAGGCCAAAAACAUUUAGAUGGAUUGUCUCAAAAUUCUUAUCAAGAUAUAUUGGAGUCUCAAGGCCACUUAAAUAGUCAUAGACAAGGAAGUGGAGAUAGUAAUAUUGUCAGUAACCGUAUAAAUCGCAACCAGGUUUCUUGUUUCUCAAAUAAUUUUAUGAUGGGUGAUUUGAGACAUAGCCCAAAUGCCCAACAGCUAAAUUCAAAUAGAUUUCCUUUGAAAUCCAACCAUGCUUUUGGACCGUCAGUUAUUCCUUUGAUGGAUUCCUAUGAUUUGUUUUCCUAUGAGGAUUUAAGCCAUUUUUACCCAUAUUUUAAUGAUAUGAUGUAUGGAGACAAUUCUUUCACCGGCUUCAUGCCAACAUUUGGAUUUCAAAGACCAGUGAAAACUCGAAGUGGAUCAGCCAGUGAGCUUCAUAUUAGAUUGGAAGAAUGUUAUGAACAGUGGAGAGCUCUAGAGAAAGAAAGGAAAAAGACUGAAUCUGCUCUUGCCAAGAAUUACCCUGGGAAGAAGGUAUCUAGCACUAAUAACACUCCUAUCCCAAGACUGACAUCAAAUCCAUCCAGAGUUGACCGUUUAAUUGUGGAUCAGUUGCGAGAGCAAGCCAGAGUUGUGACUCUGCUGGGAAAGAUGGAACGUCUUCGAAGUUCUCCCCUUCAUGCAAAUAUCUGUACUGCUCUUGAUAAGCACUUGGAAGCAAUACAUGUUGUACAGUCCCGCAGAAAGGAUGAAAUUGUCAAUGCUUCACAUCGGCAAAGACAAGGAGGCCCCCGGUGUCAAGAUGACAGAGAUGUCUUUGCUCUUGCAUUGGCUAUUAAAGAGAUGUGCAUAGCAACACGUAAAGCUCGUACUACACUGUGGUGUGCUCUUCAGAUGACAUUGCCUAAAACAACCUAUACAUCUGUACCGGCUGAAAUGGAAAAGGUUUUACAAGAGCUAGUAACAUCUCAAGAUAAAUUGUAUGAUCAGAUAAAUAGUGGCAAUCCUAUGAUUCAAAGGGGAGAUACAAAAAAGCACUGA